GACCUUUCUCGUCAACUCUCUUUCUCACUCGCCUUUAGUUCCGACCUUUCUCUGUUAGUGAGGGGAGAAGUUUCAGAAGACUUGAGAUUCCGCCAUGGACGUAGCGUCUCAGCUCGUCCUUUGCGGAAUAUCAUUACCCAAUGCUCCUUCCUGUUCAAGGAACAGUUCAGUGUCUCCCUUUACCUUUGCUGCAAGCAUCAAGUCUCGGAAUCGAAGCGUUGUCGUUUCUGUGGCCACUGAUCCCAGACGGGCUGAAACUGGAUCUUCUCGAGAUGUGCCGCCGAAGGCGAUCAAUGGAUCUUCUUCGAGAAUUGGGGAUGUUUCGCAGGAGAUUAGGAGAGUGAGAGCACAAAUGGAAGAAAACGAACAGUUGUCCACACUCAUGAGAGGCCUUCGUGGGCAGAAUUUGAGCGAUUCGCAAUUUGCUGAAGACAAUAUACGGCUUCGCCUCGUUGAGGUUGAGGAAAGCAGUGAGUCUUUACCUUUGGUUUAUGAACCUGUUAGCAUCUCCUCAUACUGGGGAAAGCGUCCUCGUGCUGUUGCAACACGUAUUGUCCAGUUGCUAUCUGUUGCUGGUGGUUUUCUCUCUCGUCUUGCCUGGGACGUGAUAAACAAGAAGGUUAAAGAGAAUGAAGUUGCACGGGCCAUUGAAUUGCGGGAGAUUGUAACAUCUUUGGGUCCAGCAUAUAUAAAACUUGGGCAAGCAUUGAGCAUUCGACCAGAUAUACUUUCCCCUGUAGCAAUGACAGAGCUGCAAAAGCUUUGUGAUAAGGUUCCUUCAUUUCCAGAUGAUGUAGCUAUGGCCCUUAUAGAAGAGGAGCUUGGUCAACCUUGGCAUAAAAUCUAUUCUGAACUUACUUCGUCUCCAAUUGCUGCUGCAUCUCUGGGUCAGGUAUAUAAGGGCAGACUAAGAGAGAAUGGGGAUUUAGUUGCUGUUAAAGUACAACGGCCUUUUGUCAUUGAGACUGUAACAGUUGAUUUAUACAUCAUCCGGAACUUGGGAUUGUUUCUCAGGAAGUUUCCUCAGAUCUCCUAUGAUGUUGUUGGGUUGGUGGAUGAAUGGGCAGCUCGUUUCUUUGAGGAACUUGAUUAUGUUAAUGAGGGUAAAAAUGGAACACGCUUUGCUGAAAUGAUGAGAAAGGACCUUCCACAGGUUGUUAUACCUAAAACGUACCAUAAAUAUACUUCAAGAAAGGUUCUAACAACAGGCUGGAUAGAAGGAGAGAAGUUAUCACAAAGUAUUGAAAGUGAUGUUGGAGAUCUGGUUAAUGUGGGAGUCAUAUGCUACCUAAAACAGUUACUUGAUACUGGCUUUUUCCACGCUGAUCCACAUCCCGGGAAUUUGAUCCGCACAUCAGAUGGGAACUUGGCUAUACUAGACUUUGGUCUUGUAACAAAAUUAACUGAUGAUCAAAAGUAUGGAAUGAUUGAAGCGAUUGCUCACCUUAUUCAUCGAGACUAUGCAGCUAUAGUUAAAGAUUUCGUCAAGCUUGAUUUCAUUCCGGAGGGAGUUAACUUAGAACCUAUCUUGCCAGUUCUUGCCAAAGUUUUUGAUCAGGCACUGGAAGGUGGUGGCGCUAAAAAUUUUAAUUUUCAGGAGUUGGCAUCAGAUUUGGCUCAAAUAACAUUUGAUUAUCCAUUUCGAAUACCCGCUUAUUUUGCUCUGAUAAUUAGAGCCAUUGGGGUAUUGGAAGGCAUAGCUUUGGUGGGAAACCCUGAAUUUGCCAUUGUUGAUGAAGCCUAUCCAUAUAUUGCACAGAGACUCCUAACAGAUGAAUCGCCGCGUCUGAGGAAUGCCUUACGUUACACAAUAUAUGGAAAAGCUGGAGUUUUUGAUGCUGAAAGAUUUAUUGAUGUCAUGCAAGCUUUUGAGAAUUUCAUAACUGCAGCUAAAAGUGGAGGUGGGGAGGACUUGAAUGGGGAUAUGGCUGAUCUGGGCCUUUUACAAAGUCAAACAGGAUAUUUCCUUCCUGGAUUUCUACCUACUACCUCGCAGCCGAAGCAGCCAAUUAAGACAAGAGCAGCCUUGGCCUUUCUGCUGUCUGACAAGGGGAACUUUUUCCGAGAGUUUCUGCUGGAUGAGAUUGUGAAGGGAAUUGAUGCGGUUUCAAGAGAGCAAUUGGUACAAAUAAUGGCAACCUUAGGAAUUGGAAAUUCAGCCCCAAUUUUUACCAUGGUUCCUGCAUUUGGGCCAUUUAAGCCUGCAGGACUUAUACCUACUAUCACAGAUGAGGACAGAGUUAUAUUGAACAAUGUUCAAAAGGUUGUCAAAUUCCUAACAGCUGGAACUUUAUAUUCAAAAACACUGGAUCAGGGUGUGGACUUUGCGCAGGUUGUUCAAGAGCUUCUUCCCGUGUUGCCAGGCAUCUCUGCAAGAGUUCUCCCUGAGGUGCUCAGUCGGUUAUCUUCACGGGUUUUUGCACGCAUAAUUCGGGAUGCAUUUUCGUAAUGGCUUUUACUCUUGAAGCUAAUUAGGUGUGCUUGUAAUGGUAUUUAAAUGACCUGAAACGAGAAUAAAAGAACCCCCCACCUGCUUGGCUAGGGGAGGGGUCAAAAGUUGACCUCAUGUACAUA